AUGGUUUUAAAGGUAGAAAGCGCCAAGAGCUCAAGUGCAACCCUUCCCUCCAAUGUGCCUUCCUGCCGGUCCCCGCCCUCCAACCGUGAUGAUUGCCCCAGCAGUCACACCAGCUUCUCAGAUGGCGAGCUUGCCAGGAAUGUGAAGGAAGGUGUCAAACACCGAAUCUUCUACCUCUCAGAGCAGCUGAGAGUGGAGAAGGCCAGUAGGGAUGAGAAUACUAUGAGCUACCUCAAGCUGGUAUCCAAAGCUGACAGACACCAGGCCGCACACAUCCGGCAGGCCUUUGAGAAGGUGAACCAGCGCACCUCUGCCACCAUUGCUCACAUAGAACGAAAGCUCUAUCAGUGUCACCUGCAGCUGAAGGAGCUGGAAGAGGGCAGCAUCCCAACAAGCUCGGCCCUGAAGGUGGCCAGCGACACGGACAGCAGUAAGCAGCCGUGUGCACGGAUCUCAUAUUCCAAGUUGUCCAAGCCAGGCGGGAAGGACAGCCUGCCCACGAGCGCUGCUAAGCCCUCCGCUGUGGAUGGUCACUUGUCAGGCAUGCAGCAAAGGAAAUUGUCAGGCAAAAAAUACCUGGCCCAGAAACAAAAGCUGCUGUUGCAGAAGAUGAAGGAAGAAUUGACGGAAGCCAAGAAGGUCCAUGCUAGCCUUCAGGUCUCCCAUCAAAGCCUCAAGGAAAGCCACGGGGCUAAUGUGACGGAGAUACUGGAGUUACUUCAGGAAAAGAAAACCAGACAAUCAAUAAUGGAAAAACAGGCGAAUUAUCACUUGCAGAGAUACCUGGAUGAGAUUUGCCAUCUCAAACAGCAUCUGGCAUGUACUGAAGAGAAAAUGGCCUAUUUGUCCUAUGAAAAAGCCAAGGAAAUAUGGGAUGUAAUGGAGACGUUCAAGAGCAGAAUAACUAAGCUAGAAACUCUACAGCAAGCUACCCAAAUGGAGAUGAUGGCCAGCCUCAGAACCCGUCCCAAGGACUUUUUGUUCAGAUUCAUAAGCUGGCUUCUCACCCUGACCACUAUCCUCUUGGUCUUGAUCUCUACUUUGUGUUCUUGUCCCUUGUCCCUGCUCAACUCACGUCUGCGCGUGUUCACUUUAUUUGUGCUGAUUGGUCUUGGGACCUUGGCCUGGCAGAAGCGACAUAUCAUCUCCAUCAUGAACUGGCAGGCCUGGGUCCCCUUCAAGUGGAGAUCAGACUUCAAGGACACUAAGCCUCCAUUAGAUGGACACUGA